AUGGCAUUCACCGAUCGAUUCACGAGAUGCUGGGCCAUCUUUGCCCUCAAUGCUCGACUCCAGGAUGUUGGAACCAAGACAGCUGAAGCAGACGCUCUGCUCAAGCUCAAACACGGCAUCAAUGAGCGCAAGUACGUCUACGAGUUCCCUGAAGGCAAAGCGGCGGCUCAAUGGAUCGACAUCGACGUCUCACUCCCUGCUAGCCGAUACGAGCCUUCAGGCAAGAACUUUGCCUUCGCCAUUGUUCAGUACCAGUCUUGCUGGUGCUCCGACGUCGCCCCGGCCGCGUCCUCCGAAGCCGAUGUCGAAGACAAAUGCAACGACAUUUGUCCCGGCUACGACACCGAGAAGUGCGGUUCACGACCGAACUGGUACGGGUACAUUCAGUUGUCAAAGACCCCUACUAGCACCGCAGGCGGCGAUGCCGCCACUACCUCUGCUGCUGCGGCGUCAACAACACAAACAACGACGACAUCGAGAAAACCGCAGACGUCUGUCCAGACCGUCACCGCCGAUGGAACCGUUAGGACUGUUACUGUCACUCCUACGGCUACGGGAACCGAUGGCGCGACAGGGGCAUCAGAGCUGUCCCCCUCGAGCUCGGCAUCGUCAUCGAAUGGACUGAGCACCGGUGCAGUCGUUGGAGUGGUUGUGGGAGUUAUUGCCGCCGUGGUAGCAUUUGCAGGACUAGGUCUCUUCCUGUUCUUCCGACGACGCAAGCAACACCAGGAGAACGAAAAGUACGACGAGCCCAGCCACCGUGGCAGCUCAGCCGGUAUGACGGGCUCACCGCGCAAUCCCGAAAUGGUUGUGACAGUUGAUGGUGGACGAUGGGAUGCCGACUCGACCAGCGACCACCGCCGCAGUCGCCUCAUGGCACACGAUCCUCGCAUGGAGCCCCUCGGAAGGGGCCUGUACCUGAACAACAAGAGCGCCGAGAGCAUCAACACAUUGCGCGACGACCAAGAUUAUUCCCGCAAGGUUCAUAAACCAGUCUUGCGGGCGACCAACCCCGAUCCUGAAUGA